ACUAAUGAUGCUGCAGAAAGACGGAAUUCGGAUUGAUAGUCCUGGCGCGAAACCUUUAAAUUUUCACACUUCAUAAAAUCCACACGCUACACUUGAAUAUUAGAUCGUUGGACAACAGACAACUACACCUGGACCUGAAGAUAAACAUGUCAGGGGCGAAGCGGUGAGCUCGCUAUAUUGUUGUGUUUUAUCAUGUGUCAGAGGUCGCUGGUUUGGCGGUGAUGUGUGACGACACUAAGAUGAGCGAUAGCGGAGCAGAGAGAAACCGGGGCAUAACACCUCGGAGGACGGUAUGUGUGUAUGACUGCAGACCGGGGAGCAACGCCGCGCCGCCGCGGACCAUCGACAUCUCGGAGGCGGACUACAGCGGCUUCCUGCAGGCUCUGAGACAGGAGUUUUCACUGUCGACAAAUGAGACUUUUGUUGUCAGCACUACGGACCGAGGAGAGAUCGACGCAGAACUUUACAAGGAGCUGGUGGAUGGGAAAACCUUGCACCUGUUUGAGUCUGCGGAUCAGAAGCUGACUGCGGCGACUGAAGAGCGGAUUGAGUUUCUGCCACACUACCAUACUCUGGUGCAGUGUGGCAUGUACGAGUACUACGCCAGUGAAGGACAGAAGGCGCUGCCCUAUGCCUUCGCUGAGCUCAUCGAUAACGCUCUGUCAGCCACCGCAGCAAACACAGGAAUCAGGAGCAUUGAAAUCAGAUUGCUGUUUGACGAGUCUCAGGGAGGACCUGCUGUUGUGGUGAUGGACAACGGCUGUGGUAUGACAUCCAAACAGCUGAACAACUGGGCCGUUUACCGUUUGUCCAAGUUCAUUCGAGAGAACGGCAUGAAGAGAGAAGAAAGCGGUUACGUGCGGCCGGAUCCAGUCCCACGCAGUCUGAACAGUGACAUCUCGUAUUUCGGAGUCGGAGGCAAACAGGCUGUGUUUUACAUCGGCCAGUCUGUCCGAAUGAUCAGUAAACCUGCAGGCUCUCCAGAUGUUCAUGAGUUUAUCAUGUCUAAAGAAGACUUUGAGCGCAAGGAGAUGAACAAGGAAGAAAUUUACUCUGGCUUCAUUAGAAACAGGAAGCCUGGCGAUUACUCACACGUGAAGGAAAGCGAGGAGCAGUUUCUGCGCUCCAUUGUGACUGAAGAAGAAGGAAAGGAGAGUUUUACUGCAGUUGUCAUCACUGGAGUCCAACAGGAACACGUCUCCUUCCUAAAACACAACUACAGUCUGUGGACCAGAGAGCUGGCGCAUACUUACCAUUACUAUAUACAUGGAGUUGAUGGAAACGAGCAGAAGAAAAAGAGAAUCAGUGACCACGUCUCCAACAUUGACAUUCAGAUCGUUUUGCUGGAGCGCGCUCCUCGAGUCCCCCGUGUGAUGAAUCUGAGGGAGGUGGAGAAUGACAUGCAGACUCUGUACAUCAACUCCAGCUUUUCCACUUUUGAGUUCAAAGCCACCGGCGCUGGAGAGUCAUUAGUGGAGGGAUUGAUCCGUUAUCAUCCGUUCCUCUACGAUCGAGAAACAUACCCCGUGGAUCCUUAUGCUUUAGGUCCUUCAGAGGAUGAGGAUGAAGAUUGUGUGAUUUUGAACUCUGAGGCUCGGGGCAAGCGGCCGAUCUUUGAGUGCUUCUGGAAUGGGCGGCUCAUUCCCUACACAACUGUCUCAGAGUUCGAGUGGUGUGCAAGGCCUAAGAAAGCAGGUGCCGUGCCGCUGGAGUGUUAUAACCGGAUUUCAGGCGCUCUCUUCGCCAACGACCGAUUCCAAGUCAGUACUAACAAACUUACCUUCAUGGACCUGGAGCUUCAGCUACGUGACAACAACACCAUUUUCAAAAGAGUGCUCAAUGGCCAGGAGCUGCGGGUGAAUAUUCAGAGGGAGUUUACUAACUGGUUAAAAGAAUGUAAUGAGCGCUUCGAUAAGCAGGUGAUGUUUCAGGGGUUUCUGGGUUCGACGACUCGUACAGAUGUUGCUACCAAACGGCUUCAGUCACCCUGGGCUCAGUUUCACACCAUUAAGUGGGACGGCAAGACUUACAAGAAAGGGCAAUGUGUGAAGUCAGUGAAAACAAACCCUGUGUUUGUUGGCUCUAUAGUUAAGUUCUUGCUCUACGGAGAGCAUGAAGGAGACGUGUACGGCACAGGAGGAUAUGUCCAGAUCGCACUGGAACCAAAGGAGUUGUAUGAUGAGCUGAAGAUCAUUCCCAUCUCGAAGAUCGACAGGCUGGCUGCAGCCGCAACCAUUAAGAAGAAAAUCGAGGAUGAGCUCGCAAAACUUCCAGAUCAGCUGAGGCUUACGUGGCCUGAGGGAAACGCCUGGACUGAGAAUGAAGCUCGUCCGGCCGGCACACCCAUGGGUCCAAUUCAAGUGGAGAUUUUGAACAAAAAGGGAGACUCGAUGUCUCGGCUGCCUGUGGCUGGCACUACUAAGAAACUGUUGAUUGAGCUGAAAGUCGUCUGGCACUCUCCUAAAGGGGACGUCCAGACGAACUCCCACAUUGGCAUUCAUUCAUCCAAGUGGGAAUACUGGUUCAAGUCCAUGGAGAAUCUCAGUAAGCUUGGGCAGUACACACUGCAUCUGCAGACCAUACUGAGUGACAACUCGGCCAGCGAAUGGGCUGGAAAAAGACUCCCCAACCACACCCUCAAGUUCUCCAUUAAAGAAGGUGAAGCAGUAUCUUUUGUUCUAGGCAUCAUUUCCUCUCCUGUCCAUGUCGGGGUUCCCUUCAGUAUUCCUCUAGAUUUUAGGGAUGAGUUUGAUUAUCCCACCCAGCCACCCUGUGACAUUAAACCCCAGCUGGAAUGUAGUUCACUACAGCUACGUUAUGAGGGAAUCGCAAUUGGGACCACUUGUGUCAUCAAAAAUGUGAGGGCCAUGGGGAAGAUCAGUCAUCAGAACAAGAUGUACACAUUGAAGGUGCAAAUCCCAGGACUGAAGCAGGACAGCCAGUCUCUUCAAAUCGUAUUGCAACCUGGCCCUCCGCACACUCUUGUGGUGUUUCCAGAAGAUUUGUUCUCUGUUGAGAAUCGAACUCCAGCAGACUUCAGAGUUGAGGUUCACGAUGAAUAUCAGAAUAUCACCACUCAUCCGAAACUCACCGUCCGCUGCCAGUUGCUGGGAGCCCCUGAUCUGCCCGUGGAUGUUGUGGACUGCAGUAACACUGGCUCUGCACUCCUGCUGACCAAACCACUUCUGCUGAAGACUGUAAACGCUGAACAAAUCCUCACGGCUAAGUUCAACAUUCCUAACCACAGGACAGUGGCGUGUGUUGAACGCCGGCUCCGCGUCUUGCCCAGCUCACGGAUAUCUCGUUUGGAGAUCUACAGACAGGAAGAGGGCUCCGAUGAUGUCAUGGUGCUGCAGAACGCCGAGCGCAUUGAUUGGACGGCGGGAGACACGCUAGGAAGCCUGUGCUUCAGACUGUAUGAUGAGGGCAAUAGACUGGUUUCCCUUCAGCCAAAACUCACCGGGAUGAUUAAGGUGAAUUGGACAGCAGAUAUAAACGCAGAAGAGCUCUCUCAGGGAAAACUGCCUCCUUUAAGCGUCCCGACUCAAGCACAGAGAGAGCAUUUCUACCACGUGUCUUUCCACGACCAGCACACGGUCAACUUUUCCUUCAUCAUUGUGCCUCGUCCAGAUGAGCCCGAGCGUCUGCGGGUCAACCUCAGCGAGUCGACUGUCAAAAUGGGAGAAAUUCUGUCUGGAAACAUAUAUGUAGAAGUUGUUGAUCAGUAUGGGAAUAAAACGGACGGUCUGAACUCUGAUGUUGUGAAGACUUUGAGUGUGUCUGCUGAUGGUCUGGAUAAAUCAGCUCUGGCCGUUGAAUGGCAGGCCAGCAGUGGACAGUUUUCUGUUUGCCGGGUUCGGUUCGUAGGAGGAACACCUGGCCCGAGGGAGCUGUGCUUUAAGUAUCAAGACAUGAAGGAAUUUGUGCGAGUCGAAGUCACCGCUGGACCUCCGGUGCAGAUAAAGCUGCUGGAGAAGCCAGAGAUGCCUCUGCAGGUGGUGAACGGCCAGGGUUUGGACGCGCCGCUCGUCGUGCAGCUGUGUGACGAAUGGGGAAACCCUUCACCAGACCAGCGCAUUGAGAUCACGAUGAAGCCUCUGAUGCCACAGCUGAAGAUAAAGUCUUUAAUAUCAUCUCAGCCUGUGGAUUCAGAAGGAAAAGCUUGCUUCGUAUUAGAAACUAUAAGUGGUCCAAAAGGGGUGCAUCAUUUGAAGUUUCUAGGCUCUUUUGGCAGGAAGGGGAUUCCUGGACCUGUAGUAAAACUAAACUUGAUUCCUGACCCCAACAAACCCGUCGAGCUCUCUGUUAGCUAUGACAGUGCUGCCACCUUAAAUGCAGGGGACAUUUUCCCAGUGUUUACGGUGAUGGUGGUUUCUGAGGAGGGCACGCCGGUGAGAAACAUCUGCCCGGCGAACCUCUCGAUGCUGCUGUGGAAGGGCACGGUCUCAGGCUCCUAUCCCCCCUCUACUGCUUCGACUCUGAAGUGUAGUAAACGCAAAGACACAGAAAAGGAUGACUGCUUCUGCUUCAGGGAUAAGCAGAUUCCAGAGCUUGCAGGACAGUAUGUUGUCCAGUUUGUGUUGGCUUUGGACGAAACCAAACAUCUGUGGAGCAAGCAGACUCCACUGAAUGUUGUUCCCAAUAAAGCGGUGAAAUUAUCCCCCGAGGCUCCACCUUCAACUCCUGUUGUGUCCAAUAGUAGCAAUCGGACCAAUCGCACACUGCUGGACAGCUUCAAUCUGAAGAUCAUGGACCAAUACAGUAACGCUGCUGGUGAGCGUUUAGAUGGAAAAGUGCUCGUGACAGUAAAAGGCACAGGAGACGUGGUGCUUCCAGUGUUUGAGAAUGGAGCUAGAAGUGUGUCCUACAGCCUCACUAACGGCGAGACAAUCAUUACUGAUUUGGCACUUUUGGAGAACAGUCCUGGUGUGGAUGGAGCCGAGUACAUCCUCCAGUUCAGUCCUGAGAUUCAUCAGAAAAGUGUUACCAUCGCUCCGUAUAGCCUGCCUUUCAGAUUCUGCAACGAUGCAGAACGUCAGAAAGUUGUUGUGAGUCUCAGUAAGAAGAAAGAUCGCCUUUCCCAAACCGUUCUGAUGUACCGGGAAUUUUUUGAUACCAAUGGUCAACUAACAUCUGAACUUGAAUGUCAGGUGCGAGAUGCAACACACAAAUUAAACGAGCUCAAACCAGAGCUCACGAAAUGUGGUUUAGACGUCUCAGAACUAACCACUGUAUCCACAAUAGAGAAAGUUAUACAUGACAAGAAAUCCAUUUUGACCAAUAUAGAGAAUCAGCCUCGGCGCAAAUGCAGCAUUUCUGACCCUUUCAAAGGCAGCCCACAGGUUCUGGGAAAGGUGGGUCAUCUGGCUCUGGUGGAGGAUGAUGCUGCAGCGAAGGUGAUCUCUUGGCAUCUUCUGGGUGACAUGGACUGUGUGGUUACUGAAACGACUUCUGCUGCCAAGAGAAUCUAUGAUGACACACAGGGACGACAGCAAGUCAUUCCCCUCGAGACGGUCUUCUGGAGACCAAAUGACAGGCCUCUGCCUCACAUCAGGAAUGGCUUACCUCUCUUCCGUCCCAUUGGCAAUCCUGUGUUCGUAAAAGACAUGCUCAUUUUUCCUGAGCACGUAGAAGGCUGCAAUAAAGUUUUUGCAAGUCUUCUUGGAGACACCAUACUAAUUGAUGACUUGGAUUCUGCUAAUGAUUAUCGACGGGGGGUGGUUCAGAAUAAGAUGCAGUGUCCCACGCUCUUAACGCGUCAUGGAGAGCGGAUACGCAGCAACGGGAAGUUCGGAGGAUUGCAGAACAAGGCUCCGUCCAUCGAGAAACUUCGAGGACAAGUGUUUGGAGCGCCGUUACCCAAAGAGUACAACCACAUACGCCAUCAGAUAGAGUUACUGCAGCAGUGUCGUGUUGCAAUGCAGAAGGCCUCCGAGGUCCGGUCUGAGUAUAACAGUCAUUUGCAGUACCUGCAGAGUCCUGAGAUGAAACAGAAAAAACAAGACCUCCAGCAGCAAGAGCAGGAGUUAAGAGAUCUUGAGGAAACCCUUGCCAGCACUCCUACACGACCGUACGCUGUAAGCGUGAAAAGGAUCCUUGAGCCAGAACCGCUUGAGCCCUCAAUCCCUUCUAAAAGAUCAAGGCGUAAAACACGCAAACUGGAUUCAUGAAGCUGCACGAGCUGACAGCAGACGCAGUGCUUUUUUUAUAAGUUUAUUCAGUGUUAAAGAUUGUUUCUUAUUUUAUGUUCGAUGCAAAUUCUUUUUUUUCACUCUUUACAGAUUAUGACUUGUCUGAUUUAAGCAGAAAGCAAAAAAAAAAAAAAAGUUAAAUAAUUGGACUGUGUCCGUAAUAUAUUUUGUAUCUUUCUUUAAGGGGAAAAAAAUGUUUUUUUACACUUGCAUCAUGUCUUGUCUUUUUUUUUUUUUUUUUAAUUCAGAACAAACCUUCAAGCAGUCACACUUUCACUGGAGCUCUGUUCAAGUGGGAUUGUUUUCUUAAGUUCAGUGUAUACUUUGGUUUUUGCACGCAUACAUUGUAGUGGAUGCAUACAGUUUACAGUAGCAUUUCAACAGAUACUCCAUUAAACCAAAGGCCUUUAAAACGCUGCACUGACAUGAUGAACAUGAUGAUGUAUUUUUGCAUGACAAACUGUAAGCUCCUUGACAAUAACAGUAAUAAGAUUAUUCCAUUGGCUUCAGAAAAUAAGCUCUGUGACCAACAAGUAUUGUUCUUCAUGAUAAUCUUCACAAAUGAACACAACUUUUAUGUAUUCUGAAGCCUAAACACAAUAGCCAGAAGUAAAAAGCCUUUAAUUAAAAACAAUUUCUAGUUAGAAUUUAUGUUAAAGACACAUUGGACUGUCUGAAAUCACCCUCUAAACUUCAUGCACCAUAGUGGACGUUAUUGAGUGCACUUUUCCACUAAGUCUCCAUUCACCAAUCGUUUUCAUUCACACCUUCCAGUGGAUUAUUAUAGUGGUCUAAUAUGGGAAAUAAUGUAUGAAGGUAUCUAACUUAUUUUUCAGCAUGACAGCUAUUCGUUAUCAUAACAAACCAAUGUCCUUUUCUAUUCUUUGCUUAAUUUUUCUUUCUUUUUUUUUCGCUUUUUUUUAUAAUAAACCAUUUUUUUUUAUUCACACAGUUUUGAAUGGAAGCCCAUUUCUGCCACUAAAUAAAAAAAACUGGGUAAUUGCAACUUUUUAUCUAACUUUCUUUUUCUCGUAAUUGCGGGUUUAUAAAUUACAAUUCUGAAAAAAAAAGUCAGAAUUGCGAGAUAUGAGUUCGCAAUUGUGAGAAAAAAAGAAAGUCAGAAUUGUGAGUUAUAAACUCUCAGUUAUGAGAAAGAAACUCAGAAUUGCGACUUUAUAUCUUGAAGUUGUGAGAAAACAAGAAAGUCAGAAUUGUGUGAUAAAUUUGUAAUUAUGAGAAAAACUCAGAAUUGUGAAUUUAAAUUUAGCAAUUCUGACUUUAUAGCUUGCAAUUCUGAGAAAUAAAGUCAGAAUUGCGAGAUAAAAAGUCACAAUUACCCUUUUAAUUAAAUUUUUUAUCCAGUGGCGGAAACGGGCUUCCAUAGUUUUGGCAUAUAGAGUGCUAAAUGGAAAAAAUUGUAAAAUAAAUGUGUUGAUUUGCUGAAGUCAAGUAACUUGCUUUACACAAAAGCUCAACUUUGGCAUAUUUUUGUAGUGCAUAUUAUAUAGUAUGCUGUAUAAUAACAGUUUAAUGUGUUUAUAAAGCUUUUAAGGGUAUUAUAUAAGAUGCAUUACUAAUCCGUAAAAUGUGUGGUCGACACCAAAUGCUAGGCUGUAUACGUAUUUAUGCAUAGGUUUCUGUGCAUAGGUUUAUAUUGUAUCAGAUGUUCUUUCAAAAUGACUUAAAUGUUUCAUAAAGUCUCCAGAAUCUUAAGAGAGAAACGCUCAUGAUUUGAAACCAGUCAUAAUGGGAUUUAAAAAUACUGCUUUAAUAAGAUGCACUCGAUAUAAACUUGCAUUUCUAAAGGAUAUUUUUACUCAAGAAAAUCUAUUUUUAUUGUAGUAAUGUCAAGUUUUUAUUUUGUAAUCUGAUGUGCUUCAAGAAGUGCUUUAUAAUCUUGACACAAUACACAUCGUCAGAGUCUCAAGAUUCCAUAUUUGGUGGUUAUUUUGUAAUAGAAGUAAUAUUGACAGAGAAUUUUAGACAUUUGUGACAGAAAAUUGCUAAAAUGGCAGAUGGCCCCCGGUGGCUGUUUAUGAUAUAGCGCUCUAAAUAAAAUUUAACUGGAACCUCAGUUUUUUUUUAUAUCAACUUCAAAUUUGGAACAUAACUUAAUUAGGCAUAACGCUUUAAUUUUAUAGCAAUUUUGUAUUUUUUUAAAGGUCCCAUUUUACGCGCUUUUUUGAAGCUUUGAUUGUGUUUACAGUGUGCAAUAUAACAUGUUCAUGUUUCGCGUGUAAAAAAACUAUUUUUCACACAAUUCACCUAUCUGUAUACCGCUGUUUUCACUGUCAUAAAAACGGGCUGAUGA